CAGAGAGAAAAUAUUUUGGCGGCAGAGAGGCAACCGAACACAGAACAAGACUGCAAGACAGACGCACAGCAGAAAUGAGCCUCCAGCUUUACUACUGUGGCUGGUCCAAAGUGACGUCUGUUCACGGCCUGAGGACUCACCAGGGGAUGAAGGGAUGCACUCCAAAGGGUGUGACGAUUGCACAGUCUGACCAGCAGUACUUGCAAGACUUUGUUGGAGCUCCAGCCAUUCAGCUAGAUGUCAAGCUGGAGGUCCGAACUUCUAUCAAGACUGACACAACAGACUACUAUUCAGACUUGAGCCUCCAGGUUUGUCACUGUGGAUGGAGCAAAAUGACGACUUAUCAGGGCUUGAGAAUUCACCAGGGGAAGAUGGGAUGCACACCAAAGGGAAUGAGGAUCCCAAAGGAGGAGCAGUACAAAUGGAAUGAACAGCAGGAAGCAGAGGCGGAUCACAGAAAAAUGGCCGAGAGAGUCGUUGUCAAGAAGGAGAGUUUGUCACCACGAAGAAGCAGCAGCACCAACUCUGCAGCCACAACAGUCCAGGAGGGUCACAUGCCACCUUCUGUACCUGCACGAAGCUCCUCCCGAAGAUCCACAAAGUCAAACUCAGACCAGCAGCAGUUCUCCAGCCUCCACCAGGUGAACAGACCAUUGAGGGAGUAUCCAACACCAACAUACCCGGAAAGGGACAAAAAAAUAAAGCGUCAAACAUCAUCACGGAAUACAGACAGUAGAGCUGUGGAAUACUGCAGCAUCGACAGCAAUACUGGCUAUGCAGCUACAGUCAAGGAGGAGCCCAAACCACCGUUUGCAGUUUCACAACCAUCUUUCCGAAGAGACACAAAGUCAAUGUCCCGCCAAAAUCUGCAAGAUUUGUCCACCAAUGCGCAGAUGAACAGGGACGUCAAGGAACCUCCAACCCUGGUACCAGUAGUCCGGCCUAAGCAGAAACACAGGGAGAGUCAAACAUUUUCACAGGUGAAUAGACAGUUGGUCAGGGAGUACCCAGCAUCAAUGCACCUGGGAAACGUAGUCCGACCUAAGGAGGAAAACCUACAGAAUCAAAUACUAUCACAGAACACAGACAGAGCAGUGGAAGGAUACUGGAGCGUUAAAAACUCUAGUAGCAAUGCAACAACAGCAGCUGCACUCAAGGAAGAGCCCAAAUUAUCUCCACAACCGUCUCUCCAAAGAGUCACAAAGUCAAGCCAGGAUUCUUCUACUGAUGUGAAGGUGACUAAAAUGGUCAGUGAACGUCCAAAUGCUCCACCUCUGCUACCAGCAGUUCCACCUACAGAGAACAGCAGGAAGGAGCGAACACCUUCACAGAUGAACAGAUCAGUCAGGGAGCAUCCAAAAACUCCACCUCUGGUCCUUCCGAAGAAGAAGGACACACUUCUAUUUAAAGUGAGGCAAGAGAAAAUCACAUCUGAAUUACAGCAAAAACUUCAAAAGAGAGAAGAACUAACUGGCAUCAGAACAAUGGAGCCAGUCUGUGAGAGUGUCGAAGAUGCAACAAGUGCCAACAGCCAAACAGCUCCUGCAGCAGCACAAGUCUCAGCAAAAGAGGACUCAGCAUCAUUGAAUGAAGCUGCACAGCCUGAUUUCUCCACUGGCAUGACGGUGAAGGAACUGGCCCAGAUGUUUUCAGCUUCCACAGAGCAGGAACCAAAGAGUGAAGGAGGGAAACAAAAAACAUCACAGGUGAAGUUACUGGCUCAAGGGUUUUCAGCCUCCACAGCGAGAGAAGCAGUGGUCCAACCAAAGGAGAAAGACAAGAAGAAACAAGGAGUGGAGGAGGGAAAGUUACUGGCUCCGAGGUUUUUGGCCUCCACAGCCAGAGAAACAGCGGUUCAACCCCAGGAGAAUGACAAGGAGGAACAAAAACUGUCACAGAAUGAGCCACCAAGCAUCAACUCUGCAACAGCAGCCAAAGUCACAGAGGAGCACAAACCAUCUGUUACAACACAAUGCGCUUUGACGAAAGUCUCAAACAUACAAGGACACCUUCAACUGAAGGUGAACAGAUCAGUCAGGAAACAUCCAACAACUCCACCUCCUGUCCUGCCUAAGAAGGAGGACACACUUUUGUUUAAAGUGAAGGAAGGUGCAUUUAAAUCUGAACUACAGCAAAAACAUCAAGAAAAAACAACUGACAUCAGACCAGUGGAGUCAGUCCAUGAGAAAGUCGCAGAUACCAACACCCAAGUCUCAGCAAAGAAGGAUCCACCGUCAUUGAAAGAAGACGCUCCUGAGUUCUCCACUGGCAUGAAGGUGAAGGAACUGGCCCAGAUGUUUUCAGCCGUCACAGACCAGGAGCCAAAGAAUGAUAAAGUGGAACAAAAGCCAUCACAGACGAAGCUACUGGCGCAAAAGUUUUCAGCUCUUACUGCCAGCAAAACAGCCAUCCAACCAAAAGAGAAGGACAAGGAGGCACAGGCAAAGCUACUGGCUCCAAGGUUUUCAGCUUCCACAGUCAGAGAAACAGUGGGUAAACGGAAACAGAAUGAUGGGGAGAAGCAUAAACUGCCACAGAAACAGCUGCCAAAUGCAACAAAUGUUGCAACCAGAAUGAAUCCUGCAGCAGCAGAAGCCACAGUGGAGAAGGAUCCCAAACCAUCUUGUGAAACUGCGCAGCUCUCAGAUGUCUGCACUGGUGUGAAGGUGAAGGAUCUGAUCCGGAUGUUUUCAGCUACAACAACACAGGAAACAGACAUUGAACCCGAGGAUAAAAAAAAAAGAGAAUGAAACCUGCAUAGCUGGUAGAUCCAGUAAAUCUCAUCUAGGAGGUAGAGAAUGUAAUAUACUAUGUAGAGCUGUAAACUGGGAGAAGUUAAAAUGUUACAUGGAGUUCUACAGUUGACCCUCGUUUUAAUGGUUUUGUCCAAUCACUAGUCAAAGAUAUUAAGUCUUAACACUUCACUGUUGUCCUACUAUUGCAAUAUUCAUUAAAAACUAGCUCAGACAUUAAAGGAUUGUUGAAGUCAGUUUUCUUUAUGUGGUACACUCACAGAAUUUGUAGUUUGGUUGAGAAAAUUAACCAAAUGUAACCCUAAAAUCAAGAUUUUUCAUCAAAAUUACCUAAUUGUACAAGUCUGAGUUAAACAUUGGCCAAAAAUAAUUAGAUUCUGUAAAAAACAAGAAAUUCUGCAUUCCUCUGUGCAACUGGGAAUCCAUUAGUGACUGAGGAAACUAAUUAAGCAUGUAAGUAGAAAGAUAUCUGUAGUGUCACCAUUAAUGGCAACACCUGUGGACACUUGUUGCACAUGUUGGUUCCAGGUUUUUGAAAUAACAAAUCAAGAAAUUCAGCUUUCAUUUUUUCUUUUUAAAAUUUAGUAGUAGUAGGAAAUCUGCAUCCAUGAUUGGGUUUGUUUUCAUAUAAAUGUAAGCCUCAUGCAACAACCUCUACAUCUACUUGGAAACUUUUUGAACCAAGAUAGACAUUUAAUAGUACAGAAAACUUGAAGGCUACUCUGUAUUUUUGGAAAAUAUUCCUAAGUGAUAUACUGCCAAAACAAACAUAUCAGUAGAAAUAUGUUAAAAAAAAAACUAUGGACUAUUUGUCAGGCCUGCAGCCCCAGGCUCCAGAUAAUGGCAGUACUCUGUAUUCUCUGAAGGUUAGCAUGGCGUGUUCUGCUUAGUGCAACUCAUUAACAUUGUUGCUCUUCUUAGCGUAGCUCAUAGGUUUGUAUUGUUAGCUCUGCUUAGUGUAACAUAGUUCUUGUUUCCUCGAUAGUUUGUUCUGGUUAUUUCAGUGUAUUCUCUCUGCCAGCCUGCUACAGGAUUUGGUUCUCCUUUCCGCUUUAGGCAGUAUACCUUGUGCCAUUAAGUCACUUCUGUUUGUGGUUCUGUUAUUUUCAGUACUCGUACUGUAAAUAAAUACCUUGCAGUUUUA